GAGGGCAAUUUUACGGCACUCGUUUAGGAACUCGCUCACAGGAAGGCUACUAGUUUCAAAUGGUUCUUUAUUCUGCAUAAUCUGUUCAACAUAUGUUGAAGUUUGUCAUUAUAGCCUAUUCAAAUAGACCAUUUUGCAAGAACAAAUGCCUUCUAAAGUAUUCCUGAAAGUAAAUUGGCUUUGUACUUUCGUUUUCAUGGUUAAGAAACUUUAGAGUUUGGAGAUUGCUUGCGUUAUUAUUUUUCAAACUAUUAUCUUUCAAACUGCUUUAUCAAGCAGGAUGGAUUUAAUGGUGCGCAACCCGGAUGUCAAGCAGAGAGACGCAGCUCAGGCUGUGGUUGUUGCAGUGUCAUCAGAUGCAAUUUUUGACCCAGAAGUUGAGCAAGUCCAUGGAGCAACAGAACCUUUGAGAAAGGGAGAUGCUUUUUCUUUCAUGAAGGCCAUCCAGGUAGUGAAUGAAAGACUGCUGACCAUGAACUCUGAUGAGACAUUGCUGUUUGAUGUGAUUCUGCUGUCCAAUGACAGCGAAGAAAAACACUCACGGAUCAUUGCCAGUGCAAAACAUUAUGGUCUUGAUAUUGGCAGAUUUUGCUUCUGCAACAAGGAGGAUUCCAUUGAGAGCCUGCAAUCAAACAACGUGAAACUGUUCCUAUCAAUGGAUACUAAUGAUGUGUGCAAGGCCUUACAAAAAGGUGUUCCAGCAGCCCAACUGUACCGUCAGACAGACCCACAUCAGACAGAGGAUCAGCUCAAAGUGGUGUUCUCAGGAGACGUGAUUGGAUCCUCAGAGGAGAUGCUGCCUGGCCUAAGAGAACAGGGCUUCACCGAGACCCAGCUGCAGGGCUUUAAAACUGCAAAGGGUUCCAUGAAAGAGUUUACCGUAUUGAUGGGAGAGAUGAGGAGGAGGUUUGGGUUGGAGGGCAGCCCCCUCUGCACCGGCCUGAUGACAGUGUGGAGCUCCAGGGAUGUGUGUGCCAGCGCCCUGAAGACUCUACGAGGCUGGGGACUGCUUGUGGAUGAGGCCUUUUGCCUGGCCGGAGCCCCUCGUAGCCCCAUCCUUAACUUGGUACGGCCUCACAUACUCUGCCUCGAUGGCCUGUAUCACAUGGAGGGGUUCACUGCAAUGUCAUGAUGGAAUCUUUGGAAUGCAAGAAAGAUUAUUUGGAAGGUAAGAAGGGUUUUACAUAGAACCCUUCUGAAUCUGAAUAAGCUUUUUAUCUAUUUUAUAUUUUAAAUAGUGACCGAGCAUUAGUGUUUGAACUUUAGCAUCAGGAGUGAGUAAUCUGAUGUGUAAAAACAUAGGUUUGAGAAUGUUUUAAACUGUACCUAUAUGGGAAUAUUUGUGUAUGCAUCUGGUAUUCCCUUGAUCAUUUUACGUAUAUAGUAGACAUAGUGGUUAUUUUUGACAUGAUUUCUGUCUUUCUAUUAUUUUUAUUAUUUUCUGUUAUUUUAUUAAGCUGAAAGUAGGAGAAUAAAAGGGAAUAAGUUAACCGGCUGUUGAUGUUUCACUGUAACAUGUAUAGUGUUGAUUCAGGAGUUAAAUUAACUUGACACUCAGAGGUGUAAAAGAACCACACUGUUGGUGUUCAUAACCAGAGUUGAGUGUGCUUUUGUCAUAUUUACUCUGUGUAAAGUAAAACACUCAAAACCAG